AUGCCUGGUUUCGCGGAUUCAUUUUGGACACCGGACUACGCUACCGGACUUGGAGUGCUGUACGGGAAACUCCAACAGGGCGUCGCCGAAAACAGGCAGAUUCUCACCAUUGCGAGCUUGCGAGCGGAUGCGGAGGAGCAGUAUGGUCUCAAGCUAGGGGAAAUCGCGCCCAACGUGGAUCGCAUGACAGCAGGGUUUGCAAAAGACGAUGGGGCUAGCGUGAGAAAGGCGUAUGAAGGUGUUCGCUCCGAAAUGAUUGAGGCCUCCAAAAACCAUCAGAAGAUUGCGUCGAACAUCCGUGAACUCGUCGUUUCCCCCUUCAGACGAUGGUGUGACCAGCACGAGGCUCGAAUUCAGAACUCCCAUGAUGAUCUUCAGGCCCGGAUUAAGGAGCAUACCAAGCAGGUGGAACUCACCAAGAAGCUACGAAGCCACUACUUCAACAAGUGCCGGGUGGUAGAGGAUUUGGAAGAAGAAAACAAGUUGGCUUUCCAGGGCCCUGAGACCAGUCCCAAGGCGACCCCCAAGAUAGUUCUGCCGGAAGAACAAGCGGAGGAGGAGGAGGAGCCGAUCGAGCUGGGAGAUCGAGUCUACGCCCCGGAGGACCUCAAGGAGCUCCUGAUACACAUGCUUGAUAAUAUCAAGGUUGGGGAGGUUAAAGUGCCUAUCAUUGGGACUUAUCAGAAUACAUCCAACGGUGCUGAUAUCGUGGAGUAUAUCCAAAAGUACAUGAAUGGAACCAGCAUCAGCUAUGCCGAGAGAAUCGGUCAGGAUCUUGUCGAUAAUGGGCUUCUGCGCCUCGUGGGCAAUAUAGGCAGCACUUUCGCCAACAGCUCCAAGAUGAACUAUCAAUGGCGCCCAAAAGUGUUUCAAAUCACCGGAAUUCCCGAGAAAAAGAAGCCUCUGAUGCGCGUGACCUCGAUUGCGUCCAGUGAAGACGGCAGUGAAUCACCGAUUGCUUCCGUGUCAGAGAUGCUCGCGGGCUGGAAUCCUCUCAACAACCCAUACCCGAACGAGACUCCAGCUGAUAAGCUACGAAGGGAGGCGCGCGAAGCCGAUGAACGGUACAGAGCCGCUGUGCGGAAACUGGAUCAGAUCAGAUGUAAGCUCGAAGAAGAAAUUGUGGAGAAUCUCCGCUUCAUGGAGCAGUGUGAGUUGGAUCGUCUCAAAGCGAUCAAGGCGGUCGUUCUCGACUUCUCGGGGGCCAUCAGCAACGUCAUUCCCAACUUGCAAAGCACUGUCGAUCACAUGAUGCUCUAUCAAGAGACAAUUCAGCCGCUGGGAGAUUUACGCUAUCUACUGGAAAACUAUCGUACGGGCGGUUUUGUGCCGCGUGUCCAAGCCUAUGAGAAUUAUUACGGAUCAGUCGAAGAACAAAAUUUCGGGGUCGAUCUUGAGGCUAGAGCUCGAGCCGAUCGGAAAAGAGUUCCAAUUCUUGUGACGACUCUACUGACGUACUUGGACAACCACUAUCCCGAACUUGAAGGUGAUGAGGCACGCCGCGCGAUCUGGCUAUACGAUGUUUCUUUGGCCGCGACGCAUCAACUUCGCAAUGCAUUGAAUAACAGCAAAGCGGACUACAACGAAAUCCUUCAGAAAUACGAUAUACCCAUUGUCGCGAGCGUGUUGAAAUUGUACCUUCUUGAACUACCUGAUUCCCUUGUUUCUUCGCAAGUAUAUGAGAUUGUCAAGACCAUUUAUUCAACUACCGCUCAUGAGACGACGGAAGACGGACGGAUUAAAGUUCUGCAGAGCACCCUUGGUCAGCUUCGUCUCAACAACAUCGCUACGCUUGACGCCAUCAUGACCCAUUUCACGCGACUUAUAGACCUAACAUCUGCCGACGAGGCAUAUAUCUCCGCAUUGGCGCAAACACUGGCUCCUUGCAUCCUCCGCCCUCGUGUUGAAAACAGCCUUACGAUGAAUGAACGUCAUAACUACCGUCUUAUUCGUGACCUCUUCGCUCACAAGGAUGCUAUCUUCGGCGAGCUGAAACGUCAAUCGAGCGUGCUUGGAUUAGGCUCAACAUCCAAUCGCCCACGUGCCAUUAGCACAGAUGAGAGCAAUCGCCGUGCUGCAAUGGAGGCAAGGAACCGUGCUAUAGUAGACCGCAGUCGUGCCAAUAGCCCAGCUCCUCCCCGCAAGCAUCGGCGGGACCGCUCCAGUGGUGCUUCGGAGGCUGGACGGUUUCCAAUCCACGUCACCAGCCCGACCGAAAGGAGAGCAGCCACGAGGAGCAGCUUGGAGGUCCCGGCCAGCGCUGAAUCUCCCACCACGGCAGAGCAAUUCACAAACGUGAACAUUCAGACCAACGAUAGCGCCACUAAUGGCACAUCCAGCGAUUCCCCAGCCUCUGCCGCUGUCGGAGAGAAUGCCUCAGAAUCAUCUAGUCCUCCGCCUGCAGCUAACUCUGACGGCUCUCCGACUCCUACUCCCACCCCCGGCUAUGUGACAGCUCCAGGCGAGCCGGAAAAGCGCAGCUCGAUUCCACGCUCUGGUGCUAUGUUCAACCGCAAACCCGGUCUCGGCAACCGAUCCAGCUUCCCUACCGUUGCAAGCGCGGAAUUAGAACCGGGCAGCAAGCGGAAUAGCCUUGCUGAGAGCGAACCCAAGGGUGUCACCUUGGAGGAUAAACCUAUGGAUGAUUAG